AUGCCAUUAAAACCAUUUACAUAUCCACUCCCUGAAACAAGGUUUCUUCAUGCGGGCAGACUUGUGUAUAAGUUUAAAAUCCGAUAUGGUAACUUCCACAGUGCUGAUGAUCUAGAUAAUACUGAAAGUACUGUCAAGGAGUUAGAGGAAGCAAUUCGAGUAAUCCUUGGAAAUCUUGAUGAUUUACAUCCAUUUUCUACAGAACACUUUACAAUCUUUCCUUAUUUAAGUAAAUGGGAGAGAGUAUCAAAAAUGAGAUUCAAACAUGGGGAUGUACAUCUUCUGCCUUAUCCCUACAUUUGCACUAUGUAUCUAGAACUCAAUUCAUUUCAGCAAAACAUAUCUUUUGGUAAAGAAGUACACAAGGGAAGUUGCAAGCUUGUCAAGAAAAGAAAUGAAAUGUCAAGAAGCACUGAGAUAGAAGGAACAGUGAAGAGGAGAAGAGUGGAAGAUGAAGCAGAGACUCCAUACCCAGAAUCAGAUAUGGACCGAUCAGGAGCUGAGUGUAUAAACAGCAUAAGUAAAGCAAAGCAUGGAUUUGAAAUGAAUUACUCCAAAGAAAUUCAGUGUGAGUAUAAUCCAGCAUCCCUUAUCAUGAGCUGUAACCCUAGGAAUGUGUGGGGACCUGUGGAAUUUAACACUGAAAAAAAUACAGAGACCAGCCAGGCUGAAGGGGAAAUGCAGCUACCACAGCAAAUGGACCAAAUCAGUAACAAAGGAAAUACAGAGUUAAAAGGAAGAGGUUUUGCAGAGUUCUGGAGAAGCAUAUUCUUUCUUCCAUUACAGCAUCUUUUUGGUGGAAAUAACUGA